AUGAAGCCCUUCGCUACCCUCGUUGCUUUCGCUCUGGCGACCUGCGUCGCUGGCCACGGAUACAUGUAUAUACCCACCAGCCGCACCAGACUCGGCCACGAGGCCGGAGUGGAUACUUGCCCCGAGUGCGCGAUCCUCGAGCCCGUUCAGGCUUGGCCCUCGCUCGAUUCCGCCAAGGUCGGCCGCAGCGGCCCCUGUGGCUACAACGCCCGCGACAGCAUCGACUACAACCAGCCCACCAAGAACUGGGGCAGCAAGCCCGUCUCCGCCUUCAAGGCCGGCCAGGAGAUCGAGGUCCAGUGGUGUGUCGACCACAACGGUGACCAUGGUGGCAUGUUCACCUACCGGAUCUGCCAGGACCAGAAGCUGGUCAGCAAGUUCCUCGAUCCAUCCUACAUGCCCACCGAGGCGGAGAAGCAGGCUGCGGAGGACUGCUUUGAGAAGGGCAUUCUGCCUUGCACCGACGUCAACGGGCAGAAGUGCAGCUACAGCCCGGAUUGCAAGCAGGGUGAGCCCUGCUGGCGUAACGAUUGGUUCACCUGCGACGCAUUCGACGGCGCCAAGUGCAAGGGCGUGGACAACGCUGCGUUGAACUCGUGCAAGACCACCAUUGCCGGAGGUUACACCGUCACCAAGAAGGUGAAGCUUCCCAACUAUGUCUCCAACCACACCCUCCUGUCUUGGAAGUGGAACUCCUUCCAGACUCCCCAGAUCUACCUCUCUUGUGCCGAUAUCUCUAUUUCCUAA